AUGCUGUGCGCAAUUUCGGGAGAAGCUCCUCAGGAGCCCGUUGCCUCGAAGAAGUCUGGUACCGUCUUCGAGAAGCGAUUAAUCGAGAAAUAUAUUGAAGAGAAUGGUACCGAGCCCGGAACUGGCGAGGCUCUGACGAACGAGGACCUCCUUCCAUUGACCCAGUCGCACAUCGUCCGACCUCGACCCCCGACCCUCACCUCCAUCCCGGCUUUGCUGGCGACAUUCCAAAAUGAGUGGGACGCGCUCGCUCUCGAGACGUUCAACCUGAAGGAGCAGCUUUCUAGGACGCGGGAAGAGCUUGCAACAGCCCUGUACCAGCAUGAUGCUGCUGUCAGAGUUAUUGCCAGGUUGUCAAAGGAGCGGGACGAAGCCAGAGAGGCGCUGUCCAAGGUCAGCGUCACUGCUGGAGCUACCAACGGAGAUGCCAUGGCCAUCGACUCUGCCGAGGCCCUGCCCGAAGACUUGGCCGAGAAGGUCAACGCCAAGCACCAAGAGUUGUCCAAGGGUCGCAAGAAGCGUCCCGUCCCAGAAGGCUGGGCAACAUCCGAAGACGUUGCCUCCUUGGCUACCGUGGCCUCCUCAUCAACAGCCGUUUCUCAAGUCUCUUCUCUCGCCCUCGAGGGAAGCUAUGCUGCCAUUGGUGCCCGUGAUGGCCAAGCCGCGAUAUACUCUGUGGAGGCUGAUCAAGUUGAGCGCCAAGUUGCCGUCAAUGAGCCGGUUCUUGACUCUGCUUGGACAGGUAGCAAGCUGAUCUUUGCAACAAGCAAGGGAUCAGUCAAGGUUUUUGAGGGUGGCGCUGAAGUCGCGUCGCUCUCUGAGCACGCAGGACCUGCGACUUCACUCAGCAUUCACCCGACCGGCGAGCUGGUUGCAUCUGUUGGCUCGGAUAAGAGCAUUGCUUUCUAUGACCUUAACUCUCUGAAAAGAGUCAGCCGUGCCUACACCGACUCCGCUUUGACAUCUUCCGCUUUCCACCCCGAUGGCCACCUUUUCGCCGCCGGUACGGUUUCUGGCGAGAUCAAGCUCUUCAUGACGACUAGCUUGGAGGUUGCUGCUUCCUUCUCCCUUGGUGCACCUGUUGAGGCCUUGACCUUUUCCGAGAACGGUUUCUGGCUUGCGGCGACGGCAAAGGGCCAGAGCUUAGUCACUAUUUUUGAUUUGCGCAAGGAAGGAGACGCUGCCAGAACCAAGACUCUGGAGACCGGCGGACCCGUUCAGUCUUUGGCUUGGGACUACACUGGCCAGUACCUUGCGACCGGUGGUGCAGGAGGCAUUACUGUCCAGCAGUACACCAAGAGCUCCAAGGCAUGGACGGAGCCAUUCAGGAGCUCUACUGCGGCGACAUCGGUGAAGUGGGGUCCUGGCGCCAAGCAGUUGGUGUCUGUUAACGAGGAGGGCGUCAUUUCAGUGUUUGGAGUCAAGGCGGAGUAG